AGUUUCAUUUCCGGUCACAAAUGCUCCUCUCUAACCGAGCACAGUUAGCAUGUAGCAGGAUAAGCUAACGUGGGUCUCUUGGUCCCUCCUGGUCCCGGUGUGUGGUCCUGGUCCGUUUCUUGGAUGUGUGUAAAAUGUCCGGGUUUGAGAAUCUGAAACAUCUGCUCCUGACAGGACAAACAAGAUCUGGAGAAGAUCGGUCGGGGUGUAUGGUGUCACAUAGGGGAGAGUGGGGUAAGUUGAGCCACCCCCUGUUUCUAUGAAAUGGUAAAAGAAAUUGAUCAUGUGACCAAAUAUUAAGGAGAUGGGCAUCAAUUCAUGGAGUCUGUGAAGGUUAGAAGCACAUGGGUGAAGGGGUUAGACAUUUAUUUCCGAAAAAACAUUUUUCACGUUCGAAAGUGAAUUUAGUCUGUCAUAAGUUUGAUUAGAAUUGUGUUCAGAUAAAAAAAAAGAUCAUUUUAAAUUACUUUUAUACAUUAAUUGUGGUAUCUAUGAGCUACAACAUGAGGUCAAAAACCUUAUAUGAAGGUCCACCACUUUAGCUUAGAGGACUAAUAAAGUCAUCAUUGUAGUUCUGGGGUAGCUGAGAAAGUAAAGGAGUCUGAUGAGAGGAUCAGAGUUUCAGUUCAGAUUGUUGAAAUAUUUGACAGCUGUGAAUGUUCUGAAUCACUUAACCCUUGUGUUCCCUUUUUACACUCUUUCAUCCUCUUCUGGCUGUUUAUGUCCUCUAACUUUAGCUGCUGUAAAACAUAUCAGAGAGAUUUAUUUUUCAUUUUUUUUCCUCAGAUAUCUUCAUCAAGCUCAGUCCUGAUGCAAAAUACUGAUUUUUAAAUAAUAAAUAGUGGUUUUAACCCUUUAAAUACCAGUUACAGAGGUGAUGUCACUGAUUGAGGAAAAAAAACACACAAAAUGACUGAUUUUCAUUUUAAAAAAUGAUCAGAGGCUGUAGAUUUUUUGCAUGCUAUCACACUAAUGGAUAUGUCAAAUAUUAUCAACAACAUUGAGUUUGAUGCAUUAUUAUUUUUUGCACAGCGUCAGAUUUUAACUUUUACACCCUUUCGCUCUCUUCUUGCUGUUUUUGUCCACUAAAUUUAGCUGCUGUAAAAACAUAUCAGAGAGAUAUUUUUUAAAACUUUUUUUUCUCAGAUCUCUUCAUCAAGCUCAGUCCUGAUACAAAAUGCUUAAUUUUUCAACUUAGCCCAUACACAAGGUAAGUUGACCAUAGGAGACCACUUUUUUUUAGUAUGCUAUAUUAUCAAGAUUACAGUUCUGUUUACACUCAUUCUGUUGGUUUGCAAGGAUGAACAACAUCCUGAAAUACAUGCAGAUACACUAGUUAGAGACAAAACUAGGAUUGACUUGAUGUAGUGAUCCCAAAUAUGAAAAAUGGAUUCAGGACAGUAAACCCGGAUCUUGUUUGUACCUGCCCCUGGUUCUCUCCAGAACAGGGGUCCGUUUCACGUAGCAGGUUUAAUGGAAACUCGGAGUCUGUUAACCCUGAAAUCAGGGAAACUCUGAGUUUUCCGUUUCACAAAGGAGGGUUAGUUAAACCAGAGAGAGAGGGGUAACUCUAACCUGUUUCACAAAGAGAGGUAACUCAACCUCGCGGUCAGUUACCACAGUAACAGACUCUGUGAACCUAACCUGCUCGGGAGCAGGUUUAACUCAGUAAACCCAGAGUUUCAGGUGAGACAUCGGCAUUUUCUCAUUUUGAUCAUGUUUUACAUUGUCAAGUAAGUAUUAAGUGGCAGUUUGAUCCCUUAAAAAAUGCUCUUUUCACACUCAAAACUGAAUUUUACUCUCUUAUGAUGUUCCGUUAAAUGAUUAGGAAUAUUAAACUAACACAAAAACGGGUGGUGGUCCAGCAGCCCCACCUUUAACGGAGGCAGAGGAGCUGCCCCCCACCCCCCCGUUCGACGAUCGCGGCCGGUCCGAUCGCAAAUCUCCCCCCACACGCACACGCACACCAGUCCGACGAUCGCUGCUACGGGGUGGGGGGGGGGGGGGGGAGCAGCUCCUCUGCCUCCGUUAAAGGUGGGGCUGCUGGGCCACCACCCGUUUUUCUGGCAUCUGCCCUCUUUCUGUUUGCUGAGUGAAAGUCUAAUAUUGAGUGUAGUGUGUGUUAGUUUAAUAUAUGUACAUAUACAUACUGAGAGUUAGUUUAAUAUUCCUAAUCAUUUAACAGAACAUCAUAAGAGAGUAAAAUUCAUUUUUGAGUGUGAAAAGAGCAUUUUCUAAGGGAUCAAACUGCCACUUAAUACUUACUUGACAAUGUAAAACAUGAUCAAAAUGAUUCAAGCAGUUUCCCUGCAACAGUCUGUCAUUGUGAUUGCACGAGACUAGAUUUAAAGUUACGCAUUGACGCGAGCAGCGAUUUCCUCCCAAGCCCUCUCCCUCUCCUUUGCAGCUGCUGCUGUAUUGCACUUUCUUUUAAAAACGUGCUGUAAUUCGCCGUUGGCUUGCUGCUGCCCCCUCCUUCUCCCUGUUUCCAUUGGUUGAUCAUUGAAUCUGGGCUCCACAGAUGCUGGCUGUUUAUGUCUGGCGUGCACGUGCUUAACUCCAGGUCAAACUACUCGGAGUUGCUAAAACUGUCUCAAAUCAGGUGUUGUGAAACCGGAAACUCAGAGUUUCUUAUCUCAGAGUAGAUCAACUCAGAGUUAAGGAUUUGACUCAGAGUUUGUUGAACCACCUACGUGAAACGGACCACAGGGGCCUGUUCUACGAAGCAAGUUCAACCUAGCGAGGUAGCCUUGGAGCUACCUCACUCAACUUAGCGAGGUAGCCGGCGGUCUCGCUACACGGUUUUACGACGCUGGUUAACAACCUCGUAAGUUGAUCCAGCUUUGCUAUGAGCGCGUGCACACAUGUAAGGCGGAGCCCGCCGCAUCUGACCAAUCGCGAACAUGGAUCAGUCUGGAGCGUCAGAGCAGGCUGGAGAGUGAAGGACCGUGUACUUUACAAACGAGGAGCAGGAGACGAUCAUGAGAAAGUACGAAGAAUUAAAAUCUAUCAUAAACCUCAAAAGCAACAACACCGUCGCCGCCGCAAAAGCACGGAGGGAACGCUGGCAGAAAAGUAAUCUUUGAUGCCAUUAUCACCCUGAAAUAGCGCUGUUCAACAUGCGCUUUUAACUAAGGUGACAGUCCCCGAAUUGGAUGAUCUGUCCCCGGCUAAAGCUGUCCCCGAAAAUGUCCCUGAUUUAAGCGUUUCAUGAAUGAGAACAAAAAUGUUGCAUGUGGGCUAGAACAACGGUUAUUACAGUAGGUAGGAAGCACAAGUAAGCAGUCCUGAACAACAGUAUUUACGGGGGUUAUUAUAAGGGGCGUGCGCUGCUACUAAAUAGUACCGAGAUGUUGUCUGUGAUCGCGCAGCCCCUGCAGCCCAUGUCCAUUCAUUCCCAAGAUGAAUCAUUCAUGUGUUCAUUCCUAUCGUGUUUACAUGUUUUGUGUAAUAUGUCGGCCAUAUGAGCCUUUCAUAAAGGUGGUCAUCCGGAGAAAACUCUCCCUGAAAACUCUCGCGAGCCGGAGUGUUCCUCCUCGGACAAUGCGAGCACCGAGGUCUACAGGAUCCUCCAAGAACGGACAAGUCGUUUUUCGAGAGAGCUCAUUGGUCAGUGGGCGGGGUUUUUAUACUCGGUGAGUUCAAUCUGGAACUUAACCUGCCCCGGAGCAGGUUAGCCCUUCAGCGUAUGUUGCUAUGGAGACUCGCCUCGCUAAGAAGUGAACCCGCGUCGUAGAACAGGAAACCCCGAACUUAUCCUCGAAGUUAUCUCGCUAAGCAGUAAUCCUGCUUCGUAGAACAGGCCCCAGGUCUCUAGUGUAAGGGGACCUCGCAGCCUGCGGUGCCCCCUGCUGGAAAAACUAGAAAAUACCAUUUAGCCUCCCUUUUACAAACUAAAUCCUGUUUGUCUGAGUGGAAGAAAAAAAAACGUUUUUAAAAAGUCGUCAAAGUUCUGCAGAGCUAUCAUUAAACCUCCGAUUUGACUUUAACUCUUAAACAUUUGAUCAGACUGCAGAGCCAACAAAUCCUUCAGUCUUGAAGAGCUUUUAUAAAACCUCCUUUAGAACCUCAAGAACCAGAAUCAGAAACAGAAUCAGAACCAGCCAAGUAUGUGUGAACAUACGAGGACUUUGACUCUGGUGAACUUUGUUCUCUGUGUUCAAACAUCGAACACAUGAUUGACACUAAAUUGCUGAGGCAUAGACCUUGAACUGAGAUGCUGACUGUCUGAGUGUUCUGGUGAGAAAUAAUUUAGUCUUUAUAAAACAGGAGAGUGAUGAAGACGAGGAGGAGGAGGAGGAGGAAGAGGAACUUUAGUUUUUAAAAAGAGAAAAAAAACAUCAAGUCUAAGAAUUCGAACAGAAGAGAGAAGGUAAAAGUUCAACAACGCUACAGCCUCUCUCUCCUCCUCCUCUUCUCUCUCCUCCUCCUUUUCUCUCUCCUCCUCCUCCUCUUCUCUCUCCUCUUUCACUCCUCCUCCUCCUCUUAUCUCUUCUUGUCCUCAUUCUCUCUCUCCUGAUCCUCCUCCUCUUCUCUCUCCUCCUCCCCCCUUCUCUUCUCUAUUCUCCUCCUCUUUCUCUCCUCCGUCUCUCCUUCUCUAUUCUCCUCCUCUUUCUCUCCUCAUCCUCUUCUCUCUUCUCUUCCUCUUUCUCUCCUCCUCCUUCUCUUCUCUCUUGUCUUCCUCUUUCCAUCCUCCUCUCCCUCUUCUCUAUUCUCUUCCUCCUCCUCCUCUUGUUUAUUCUCAUCCUCUUUCUCUCCUCCUCCUCUCUCUUCUCUUCCUCCUCCUCCUACUCCUCCUCUCUCUUCUCUUUCACUCCUCCUCCUCCUCCUCUUAUCUCUUCUUGUCCUCUUUCUCUCUCUCCUGCUCCUCCACUUCUCUCUCCUCCUCCUCCCCCUUCUCUUCUCUAUUCUCCUCCUUUUUCUCUCCUCCUCCUCCUCUUCUCUAUUCUCUUCCUCUUUCUCUCCUCCUCCUCCUCUACUCUUUUCCUCUUCUUUUCCUCCUCCUCCUCUUCUCCCUUCUCUUCCUCCUCCUUCUCUUCUCUAUUUUCCUCUUCUUCUCCCCUCUCUUCCUCGUCCUCCUCUUCUCUUUUUUACUUCUCUUUCUCUCCUCCUCCUCCUCCCCCUUCUCUAUUUUUCUUCUUUCUCUCCUCAUCUUCUCUAUUCCCCUCCUCUUUCUCUCCUCCUCCUCUUCUCUCUUCUCUUCCUCUUUCCCUCCUCCUCCUCUUCUCCCUUCUCUUUCUCCCCCUCCUCUUCUCCCUUCUCUUCCUCCUCCUCCUCUUCUCUCUCCUCCUCCUCCUCUUCCUCUUCUCUCUUCUUUUCCUCUUUCUCUCCUCCUCCCCCUCUCUCUCUCCUCCUUUCCUUCUUUUUUUGCACUAUUUUUAAUGUAAGAUUCUCAUAAUUGAAGUUAUUAUUAUUAUUAUAGUUAUUGUUACAUUUUUCUAAUCUUUUUGUCAACUUUUGAAAUGGUAAUAAAAAUGUAUGCCUUUAUUUUGAAAGGACACACCAGUUUCCUUUAACCCAUGAAGACCUGAACCCUGUCUGAGACUUUGAAAUCCUGAAAAGGGCCCCCAGAUCCUGAGGUUUUCUCAAGUGUUGAGGUUUACAAAAAGCUGAUCGUAUUUGAGAGUUUACAUGUGUGGCUUUCAAGAUACCUAUCUUUUAUUUUUCCGAACCUUCAUCACAUUAUUGAGAACCUUGAACAAACAAACUCAAAUGAAGUAAAGCAGCUGUAUAAAUAAAAGUAAAGACUCUGCACUGGAGAAUAACAAACUAUUUACUUUCUGUAAAAAAAAAGUGGCGGUCAUGAUAAAGUGUCCAUUCAAUACAAAUGUAAAUAUACACUCACCGGCCACUUUAUUAGGUACACCUGUCCAACUGCUCGUUAACACUUAAUUUCUAAUCAGCCAAUCACAUGGCGGCAACUUAGUGCAUUUAGGCAUGUAGACAUGGUCAAGACAAUCUCCUGCAGUUCAAACCGAGCAUCAGUAUGGGGAAGAAAGGUGAUUUGAGUGACUUUGAACGUGGCAUGGUUGUUGGUGCCAGAAGGGCUGGUCUGAGUAUUUCAGAAACUGCUGAUCUACUGGGAUUUUCACGCACAACCAUCUCUAGAGUUUACAGAGAAUGGUCAGAAAAAGAAAAAAUAUCCAGUGAGCGGCAGUUCUGUGGGCGGAAAUGCCUUGUUGAUGCCAGAGGUCAGAGGAGAAUGGCCAGACUGGUUCGAGCUGAUAGAAAGGCAACAGUGACUCAAAUAACCACCCGUUACAACCAAGGUAGGCAGAAGAGCAUCUCUGAACGCACAGUACGUCGAACUUUGAGGCAGAUGGGCUACAGCAGCAGAAGACCACGCCGGGUGCCACUCCUUUCAGCUAAGAACAGGAAACUGAGGCUACAAUUUGCACAAGCUCAUCGAAAUUGGACAAUAGAAGAUUAGAAAAACGUUGCCUGGUCUGAUGAGUCUCGAUUUCUGCUGCGACAUUCGGAUGGUAGGGUCAGAAUUUGGCGUCAACAACAUGAAAGCAUGGAUCCAUCCUGCCUUGUAUCAACGGUUCAGGCUGGUGGUGGUGGUGUCAUGGUGUGAGGAAUAUUUUCUUGGCACUCUUUGGGCCCCUUGGUACCAAUUGAGCAUCGUUGCAACGCCACAGCCUACCUGAGUAUUGUUGCUGACCAUGUCCAUCCCUUUAUGACCACAAGUUACCCAACUUCUGAUGGCUACUUUCAGCAGGAUAAUGCGCCAUGUCAUAAAGCUGGAAUCAUCUCAGACUGGUUUCUUGAACAUGACAAUGAGUUCACUGUACUCAAAUGGCCUCCACAGUCACCAGAUCUCAAUCCAAUAGAGCAUCUUUGGGAUGUGGUGGAACGGGAGAUUCGCAUCAUGGAUGUGCAGCCGACAAAUCUGCGGCAACUGUGUGAUGCCAUCAUGUCAAUAUGGACCAAGCUCUCUGAGGAAUGCUUCCAGCACCUUGUUGAAUCUAUGCCACGAAGAAUUGAGGCAGUUCUGAAGGCAAAAGGGGGUCCAACCCGUUACUAGCAUGGUGUACCUAAUAAAGUGGCCGGUGAGUGUAGAAAAUAAGGUGUUGAAAGGGUAUGCAGCUGCCCUAGUAUAAUGCCAGUACAAAGGAACACUAAAAACUUAAAAAAUAGAUAAAUCAAUAAAUACGUGGCUGACAGUGUGUUCAUCUCUGUGCUCAGCUAAAGUCAUGCAACACUGUGUGAGCCAAAGACCUCAAUAUGUAGAGGUUGUUCACACUGCUGGAUGUUUGUCCUCCAAAGCUGCUCUCUGCCUCCGUCAUUGUGUCUUUUCCUCAUGACGCAUGUAGCAAGAUCCGAGCAUGAAUCUGAGCUUUAUUAGCCUAUCAGAGGCAGACGGGUAUGAUGAUUUGAUUCGCCAUGAUUCCAGAAAUGACUGAAAAACUACAGAAUGUUACAAAAUGGCAUAUUCGCGCUCCAGGCUUAAAGGGUAGAAAUGCGCAGCACCGCUGAUUUGGAAGGUUGAAAUGCGUACGCGCUGUCCUGGUUUAAGUGGGUUUAUAGAUACUAGAGUUACAGGACUGAAUAAAAACAGUUGACAGUCUUUCAUGUACUAGCAUCUCUGAAGAGACACUAACUCUUGUUCUGUCUCGGCUGUGUUUCUGUCUCUGUUAUCAGGACAGACGUGGAGAUCCUGCUGAUGGACACAAGGUUUGAAAACAAAGAUCAUCUACUCCUGAAUCAACAGCAGGUGGCGCCGUUCUGUUUUGAGGACAUGGAUCGUUCCGCGUCAGGUCGCUCCGGUACCUUUUAUUUCGGAGGAAUAUUUCCACAAAUACAGAAGACAAAUGUUCAACUGUGUGUCUCUUUGUGUCUCUCCUGCAGACGUCCAGCAGCUGUCCAGGGUUAAAGAAGAACCUCUCGACCAGCAGGACCCAGCAGAACCAGAACCCCCCCACAUUAAAGAGGAAGAGGAGGAAGUGUGGAGCAGUCAGGAGGGAGAGCAGCUUCAAGGACUGGAGGAGGCUGAUACCAGCAAGUUCUCCUUCACUCCUGUCUGUGUGAAGAGUGAAGAUGAUGAAGAGGAACCUCAGUCCUCACAGCUUCAUCAGAGACCAAGGGACCAGAUGGAACCAGGAGCUGGUGGAGAGGACUGUGGGGGACCAGGACCAGAACCAGAGAGUUCUUUACAAGCAGAGAUCGAGGUGGAGAUUGAGGACUCAGAGACUGAAGACAGCGAUGAAGAUCAAACAGGUUCAAACUGUUUAGAAAAUAUAAAUGAGAGAAAAACGAAUAUCAGGAGGAAGUCCCACUGCUGUCCUCUGUGUGGAAAAACAUUCAAAAGAAAUGGACAUCUAACUGAACACAUGUCAGUUCACACAGGAGAGAGACCUUUCAGCUGCUCUGUGUGUAACAAAAGAUUUCCCCAAAGAAGACAUCUGAUUAGACACAUGUCCAUUCACACAGGAGAGAAACCUUUCAGCUGCUCUGAGUGCGGGAAAAGAUUCACACAGAAAAUUCAUCUGAUCAGACACAUGUCCCUUCACAGCGGAGAGCAACCUUUCCGCUGCUCUGAGUGUGAUAAGAGAUUUACUCAGAAAAUACACCUGACUGAACAUAUGUUAGUUCACACUGGAGAGAAACCAUUCAGCUGCUCUGUGUGCGGGAAAAGCUUUAUGCAAGGGAGACAUCUGACCAAACAUAUAUCAGUCCACAAUGGAGAUAAACCGUUCAGCUGUUCCAUCUGUGGUAAAAAGUUCACCGGGAAAGAAUAUGUCAACCGCCAUAUGAGACUUCACUCAGGGGAGAAACCGUUCGGCUGCUCUGUGUGUGGGAAAAGAUUCAAUGAAAAGGGAAAUCUGAACAAACACAUGCCUGUCCACACAGGAGAGAAACCGUUUAGCUGCUCUGUGUGUGGGAAAAGCUUUACUGAGAAGGGAAGUGUCGCCUUACACAUGAGAGUUCACACGGGAGAGAAACCGUACAGCUGCUCCGUGUGCAGGAAAAACUUCACCCAGAAAGGAAAUCUGAAAACACACAUGUCAGUUCACAGAAAAGAGGAAGUCCUGAUGACGUAGAGCGGAGGAGCACGGAUCAGCUGAUUCAGUAUCAGGAUAUUGCUCCGUCUGAGUCGAUCAAAGUUUAAAACCAAAGUUUUAAUUUUUGAGCAGCAGCACAGUCUGUUCUCAAUGAUCUGUUACAGACCCACACAAGGAUCAGUUCUGCUGUGGGUCGGACCCCCCUGAGGGAUCUUUAAUAACAAGUUAAUACUGAGGCUGAGGGAUGAGGAACUGUUCCAGCUCAGGGUUUGAGUCUCUGCUCAGUCUGUGGAUUCUUCCUCAGGUGAACUCGUGACUCUAAACUCUACCUGAGAGGAUGUUUGUCUCUUCCUGUUAACCCCAGAGUGGACACUCUCUCACCCCUGUCCUGGGCGAAGGAUAUAAAAAUACUCUUAAAUGAAUAAACAGUUAAUGAUGUGAACAAUGGAAAGUGAAUCUGACACACAGAGAUGGAAACAUCCACACUUAGAGUUUGACUCUAAAGAAGCAGCAGGAUGGAGAAUGUGUCAUCUCAGUAACGAGUACCGUAUUUUUUUUCACACCAUAAGGCGCACCAUCAAUGAACUUUUUGCGUCUAUUUUCAUACAUAAGGCGUAUGCUGCAGUGCUCUGACAAGCCAAAAGGGUUUUAAGUGCGCCUUAUAGUGCGAAAAAUACGGUAGAUACAGCAGCUUCUCGUCCUGAAGUGGUCCGCUAAAAAACCUUUGGAUGGUCUCCCCGGUUCCCCUCAGACCAUCAUGAUUCUGGCCCUGGAUUGGGACUCUGUUUCAGUGACAGUGGGACAGCAUGCUCACCCUCAUGUCCAUUUUUUUCAUGCAAAAUCCUGACGUCAGCUGACGUUUCUUUUUACUGUCUGUGAUCAAAAAGGCCUAGCUGAAAGUUACGGUAGGAGAAAGAUCAGGAUUUAUUUUUUAUUUUUCAAUUCUGUCUCUGAAAUGUUUCAGGUUGAGCCCCUGUAAAGAGGUCAAAGGAAGAACAUCUCAAUCUGACUGAACGACUUUGAACCGUCAGCAUGUUUUUCUUGGUGAGAGUUUAAGAUCAGCAGCAGAGAACAGAAGUAAUCGAUCAUGAUGUGAUUGAUUAGGUCUCAUUAUUCAGUUGAAUCUGUUUCUCUCUUAUUUGUCUGUUUGUUUCUGUUCUAAUGUGAAUAAAACUGAAGUCUCUGAUCUGCUGAAUCAUCAUUUCUGUCCUGAUCUGGGGCCUAUUCUACGAAGCAGGAUUACUGCUUAGCGAGGAAACUUUGAGGGUAAGUUCGGGGUUUCGAACUUACCCUCGACAAUGACUUUAAUGAUCAACUUUAAAGGAGAGGACAGGAGAAGACUUUCUUAACCUGCAGAGAGAACAGCUGAGAGUCCUUCACUUUGGAAAGAAGAUCAGCUGACGGUGAGAAGAUCAAGAUAAUUCUCACCACCAGCUUUGCUAUGAGCGCGUGCACGCAUGUAAGGCGGAGCCCGCUGCAUCCGACCAAUCGCGAACAUGGGCCAGUUUGGAGUGUCAGAGCAGGCCGAAGAGUAAAGGACUCCGUACUUUACAAACAAGGAGCAGGAAACGAUCAUGAUAAAGUAUGAAGAAUUCAAAUCUAUCAUAAACCUCAAAAGCAACACCGUCGCCGCUGCAAAAGCACGGAAGGAAUGCUGGCAGAAAAUUGCCGACAGUCUCAAUGCGGAAGUAUAGUGUGCAAAAAAUCUUUGAUGCCAUUAUCACCCUGAAAUAGCACUGUUCAACAUGCGCUUUCAACAUGCACCAGACAUGUCUAAUUCAUUUCCAAGAUUAAUUCAUUUAUUUGUUCAUUCCUGUCAUGUUUACAUUUUUUGUGUGAUAUGUAGGCCAUAUGAGCCUUUCAUAAAGGUGAUCAUCCGGAAAAGUAAGUUGGUCCAUGCGGUCCCUGAAAACUCUUGUGCGCCAGAGCGCUCCUCGGACAAUGCGAGCACUAAGGUCUAUAGGAUCCUCCAAGAAUGGACAAGCCAUUUUUCGAGAGAGCUCAUUGGUCAGUGGGCGGGGUUUUUAUACUCCCUGUGUUCAAUCUGAAACCUAACCUGCCCCAGAGCAGGUAAGCCAUUCAAUAUACAUUGCCAUGGAGACUUGCCUCGCUAAGAAGUGAACCCGCGUCAUAGAACAGGAAACCCCAAACUUACCCUCGAAGUUACCUCGCUAAGCAUUCAGUUUAUGAAAUAUGGUGAGAGAAAUUCUGAAAAAUGUUUUUAAAAUUAUUAUAUUAUUAUUAUUAUGAUUGUUAUCAUUAUUACUGUUAUUAUUGUUAAAAUAAUUAUUAUCAUUGUUAUUAUUAUUAUUAUUAUUGCUAUAAUUAUAAUAAGUAUUAAUAAUAAGUAUCAUUAUUAUUGUUGUUAUUGUUAUUUUAUUUAUUAUUGUUAUUAUAAUUUCUAUUUUUAUUAUUAUUAUUUAUAUUAUUGUUAUCAUUUUUUUAAAUUUAUUUAUUUUUAACUUAUUUAUUUUUUGUUAUUAUUAUUGUCGUUAUAAAAAUUAACAAUUAUUAUUAUUUUAUUUUUUAACAUUGUUGUUACUAUUAUUAUUUUUAUCUUUAUUUUUAUCAUUGUUAGCAUUAAUAUUAUUACUUUUAUUAUUGUUAUCAUCAUUAUGAGUUUAAAGUUAUAUUUAGGCCAUUUUUGCGAGAGAGUCAGGAAAAGUGGGGAAUAGAGAGUGACAUGCAGUGAUAGCGGGAAUUGCACCUUCUGCUGCUGCAAGGUCAGACUCAUCUGAUGGUUCUGAGCGUGAACUCAAAGUCUUUAGAGAGAAUCUGUUUUUUGUUUUUGAAACACAACAAGAAGAGUUAAUGUUACACAAGGGUCAAAUUUAAGAAUUAAAGAUGCUGAUUAUGUGAUCGACUGAUUUUCAGACAGAAACUAAUUUUUAUCGUCUUUCUCUGUUCCUCUUGGGUUUGUCCUGCAGAUGUCCAGCAGCUGUCCGGGGUUAAAGAACCCCCCCCCCCCCCCCCCCCCCCCCCCCCCCACACACACACACACACACACACACACACACACACAUUAAAGAGGAAGAGGAGGAAGUGUGGGGCAGUCAGGAGUGAGAGCAGCUUCAAGGACUGGAGGAGGCUGAUACCAGCAAGUUCUCCUUCACUUCUGUCUUUGUGAAAGGUGAAGAUGAUGAAGAGGAAUCUCAGCCCACACAGCUUCAUCAGAGACCAAGGGACCAGAUGGAACCAGGAGCUGAUGGAGAGGACUGUGGACAACCAGAACCAGACCAAAGAGUUCCUUACAAGCAGAGAUCAAGGUGGAGAUCGAGGACUCUUCUGAACCUGGGGAUAGUGAUGAAGAUGAUUUGUUAUGACAGUGUGUCAUUUAAACUGUAUUAAUUAUUGUAUUGUUUGUCGUUUUAUGGUGUAGAAGAGAGUUUUGUUUCUUCCCUCCUCUCUUUCUCUGCUUCUCUGGGCUGUAUUGCACGGGUGGUGCAUCCGGAUUGGAUGGCAGCGUGGAGACGCACCAGACGCGCAUUGGAGGACUGCUGUGGAGCGGAGGCUCGUGAUUGGUGGAGAGCUGAUGGGCAGCAUUUUAAACUGGGCUGAAGGAGUAGGGACGCCGACUCUUGUCACUUCGUCACUCCCAACAUCUCGCCAGAGCACAGCGUUUUCGAGCUAUCAUUGAGUUGACUUAUAUUGUGUGAUUUUGGAUUGUAUUAAAGGACCUUAGAGGGUCAUUGUAUUGUUAAAAGCAGUAGGUAUACAUAGGGGAGAGUGAGCCCUUGUUUUCUCCUGUUUUUGGGUAGGGAGUCAAAUUUAGGUUUGUAUAUGUUUUAUUUCUAUCAUAGAUGUCAGGUAAAGUAUUUUGAUUUAUAAGAGUGUUUUUUGUAACUGUUUGUUUUGCUUCCUCUCCCUGAGGUAUUUCAUGAGUAUUUGUAAAUAAAACAGAGAAAGAA